UCUCGACUCAAUUGAUGUUGCAGAACCAGCUGGCAGGAUCUGAGGAUCCUUGAAGCAGGACAAAGUGGCGGGGGAGUUGGCACACUCGCCGCUCUGAUUUAACGCUCUCUUGCCAAAUGUCGCAUAAGAGCCGAGCGGAGCGGAGAAAAAACACCUUUUCCGAAAAGUGCGCCAAAAAGGGAUCCUGAUCCCUGGUCACGAGCCAAGCAAACACAAUAGACUGCCAGGACUACUGAGGACGAUUCCGAAGGACUCGCCGAAGAACAAGAACAAGGAGCCAAAGAAAAGAAAAGGAAACAAAAUCGCAUCGUGGCAUGCGUCGGCGGUUGAAAAUAAAAUACAAGAGCCCCUGGGACAUCUGUCGACGCGCUCCUUCGGUAAACACCAACGCGAAUACACUUAAAAAAAUAACACAGAUGGGUAUAUAAACACAAAUGGGAAAUGUCAGAAAAUGGCUGGGAUCCACACAAGACCAUGCUAACAAGCUGCAGGAUCAAAAAGGAGCAAAGCGGAGCAAAAGGAGUCGGAGGAAUUGCUCAAGUGCUUGCCACAUGUUGCCUUCGUAAAUUGGGAAACAAUCGACGAGCCAAUAGGGUUAAGUGCCGGAAAUGGCUCAAGCCCAGGAAAAGAGCUGCUAAACGUUGCAAUUUUGUGCUAUUAUCAGAACAGGCAGUAUGUGGUGGAAAUAAGAAGACAGUCAGCUUCGAUCCGAAGAAAAUUGGCCAAGAUAUUGAAACCGGAGGGGAAAUAUACGAUAUUAAAAAAGGGUUAUAG